ACACAACACAGUAAUAAUUUUUAUUACACAACAACGUCAAAAAAGAGAGAAAAGAAAAGAAAAAAACACCCAAAACCUUCUCAUUUUCUUUCCUUCCCUUGCUCCCUUUUUUGUUUCUCAACAAUGUCUUCUUCAAUGGAAACUCAAGAUCCACAAUCUAAACCACCACAAAAUUCAGAUCCAACAAAACCCCACAACCCCAACCCCACAACACCACCUGCUUCUUCGAUGCUCAACAACAUUCGAGGUGGAGCCCUCCAUAGGAGGGCACGUUCAGAGAUGAGUUUUAGGUUACCAGAAGACAUGACAAUGAUGAUGAUGGAUAUCCACCCAUCAGAUCAAAUCAAUGGUGGUAAUGGUAAUGGUAAUGGUACUGGUAAUGGUGGAGGGGGGUCUUCAACAGGAAGCUUAGAAGAGAUCGGAUCAGAGGAUGAUUUGUUCUCAACCUACAUUGAUGUUGAUAAGCUAACUGGAGGCAAUAGUGGGAAUGGAGCUGGAGGGGGGGUUCAGAAUGAUAAUGAUAAUAAUAUGAACGGAGAGAAAGCUGGGGUUUCGGGUUCUGGUACUUCCAGGCCUAAGCAUAGGCAUAGUAAUUCUGUUGAUGGGAGUGUGUUUGGUGGAGGAGAGGUAAUGGAUGCUAAGAAAGCAAUGCCGCCUGAUAAGUUAGCUGAGCUUUGGAAUAUUGAUCCUAAAAGAGCUAAAAGGAUACUUGCAAAUAGGCAGUCUGCCGCCCGCUCUAAAGAGAGGAAAGCCCGAUACAUACUGGAACUUGAGCGCAAAGUUCAGACCCUCCAAACAGAAGCUACCACUCUUUCUGCACAACUAACUUUAUUUCAGAGGGACACAACUGGUCUAAGCUCAGAAAACACAGAGCUUAAGCUUCGGUUGCAAGCUAUGGAGCAACAGGCUCAGUUGCGCGAUGCUCUGAAUGAAGCACUGAAGAAGGAGGUUGAGAGGCUCAGGAUAGCCACCGGGGAAAUGGUAAGCCCUUCCGAGUCAUUCAACUUGGGAAUGCACCAAAUGCCCUUCACCCAGCCAAACUUUUUCCCACUUCCUCCACAGCCAGGAUCUUCAGGUCACCCAAACAUGCAAUUACCAUCAUUUACUCAUACCCCGCCUAGCAUGUCCACCCACCAUCUACAGCAGGCAGAUUCUCACAAUCUCUCAGACUACAUGCAAAACGAUCCUAUCAGACAGUUACAGGGGCUUGAUAUCAGUAAUAAAGGCUUAAAUAUUGUAAAGUCAGAAGGUCCCUCGCUUUCUGCAAGUGAAAAUAGCUCCACAUUUUGAGGCAAAUUGGCUGCUGACUAGCUGACUUGUCUGUGGUGUGCCUGUGUGGUAGAUUGUUUAUAGACUGACAUCCAGUCACUUAGAGAAGGUUUCUAUUUUGAUUUCAUUAUUCAUUCCAUUCAUGCUGUGGGGUCGAUUCAAAUUAUUUAUUCUUAGGGUUCUCCAGAAAGGGAAGCACCCAGGUUUUGAUGCGAUGUGUAAGAGUCCUUUGUUUAACAUGGAAUUUCGUGGUGAUAUAGGACUUGUUGGGAUGAAAGGUCAUUCCUGUUGGAUGUCAACAUAUUAUGGGAUGUUAUGUUGAUGGUGUCCAAUUCUUUGUAGACUGUCAUAUUACUCUUGAACCAUUCCUGGAUUGAUUGAAAUGGACUCCAAUUCCUUC